AUGAGGCAAGAUAAUACGAAUCUUCGACGCAAGAACGAGGCACAAGCCGACGACUUGCGACGACUGCACAUUAGCGAUCAGUCGAGUCGUACGGCAGUCGCUCGUCUCAGCGCAAAUAUCGAACAACUCAACAAAUCGCUGCAAGCAAGAGAUCUGCAGAUCGCCAAGUUGCAAAACAAAAUUGAUAUGUUGAAUCACUUGAAUCGGACAUUAGAGGAGGAGAACAAAAUGCUCGUGAGGCAAAUGGAUCAUUUGCUGGCGCAGAACAAGGACUUGCUGGCGAAGGCGUUGAACGAUAAGGACAAUUACCAUGCUGAGCAAAAAGAGUUUCAGGAAAAAUUAGCCACUCUACGACGGCAUAAAGAAAAACUCGAAGAGAAGAUCAUGGAACAGUAUCGCAUGAUGGACAACAGUAAGAAGUGUACAAAAGAGAAGCAAACACUCGUGAAACGAGCUGCAAAGGCGCUUAUAUCGAAGGUGAUUUCGUAA